GGCUCCACGUGCGAACGUGGUAGAGCACUGAGCGAGCCAAAAAGCGCAUUUGGUAUUCUGAGCCUGAGAUUUUUUCAAUUUCAACACAAAAGCGCAAAGGAAGAAAAACAUGUUCCCCGGGAUCAUCAGUCGUCGGCCCACCUCGGCACCGCGCAUGCAGGUGCUUGCGGAGGGCGAAGUUCCGGUGCCGCUCAAGGACUCAUUGCCUCUGUCCGGCCGCCCGGAUUCGACUGGUUCUAACGGCAAUCGAAACAAGCCGACGAAGAUUGUCAAGCUGUCUUCGCCCGCCGCAAGUGGAAAAAACGGAGUUGUGAGCGGCAGUUUCAAUGCGAGCAGUGGAAUAUCGAAGCAGAGUACUGCUUCUACCUCGCAACACAACCCGAUUAUACCCCUGAAAACUGGGACAAGUCCGUCGUCCUCGAGCACGGCAAAACAGGGCAUCAAAGGGGCGGGGAAUGGUGCCGCCGCCGCGAUGAAAUACACCCCGUCCGGAGGAAAAGGUACGAGCACCCGAGGAGCACAAAAAACCCCGCCUGAUAUUGCAUCCGGGGGUAGAACCAGCGGAAAUAGGAAAGGAAGCACCACGAACUCUACUUCCUCAAGGCCGCCCUCGAAUAAAAAUGUCUCGAUGUUGGCAGGGGCUACGCCUGGAGGGUCCAACGCCAGCGGUCGCUUGCAACCCGACGGAAUGAAAAGCAAAGGGAAGAUCACGGCUCCGCAAAACGCAGCUAAAAAUGCAAUGCAAUCGGACAAGGUAGCUGGUGGUACGGCAAAACUGCCAUCCCCGACGAGCACUCAAGCAGCCAACGCGCUGAUCGAGGGACUGCUGAGCGGAAAAUACGACCCGGGAGGUGGGGGAGAAGAGGACAAGGGGAGCCUGGCACUGGCUCUGUGGAACGGCGAGGGCAAAGAUGAGUAAGACGAAAAGAUCAACAAUUUUUUUUUGAGAUUCUGUCCAACUUUUUGCAUCGAGUUCGAAGGUCGCUUUUGAUUUUAUGGGGGCAUGUGCUCUGUGACACGAUGCUACUUAAAAUCAUGCGCAACAGGAUUGACGACCGCGAGCUGGAGAGAAUGUCGUUGCAACUGCAGUGGACUAGUAAUCCCGAGGAUCCAGAUGGUCCGUACGAAGCCACCUUGCCCGAGGCGCAAUCGAGCAUGGAGCUGGUGUCGAGCUUGCUGCAUAAGCAUGAAAAAUCCCAGCGGGACCGGAUCGCGGAACUGCAGAACUACAUGCACGACCUGAUGCAGCAGUAUACUUGGGGGUUUUUGUUUUUGAUGGUCGUCUUGCCAUCUAGGAAAAUGCAAAUAUUGCAUGAGAUGAUAUCAUGAGAAGCACUCCCAGUCCCACUGCAGCUGUGCAGCAAUACAAGAAUGAAAAAUCCCGUUUCAGGCAUACCCUACCGUCCGCCUUUGAGGAUGUUGCAGACGUUGCUGCGGAUUCAGGACACGGCAAGGAGAGCGUCUUACCCACGUUUCUCACCCGCUGUCUGGAAGAAGAGGACGAAGAAUGGGAUGGGAAGGAUGGACAGGUAUCUAUUGAGUUCUUUUUUCAUCACGACUUUGCAUUUGGAUUCUAGGCGACAAGCACCAGAGGAAGUUCACCAUUCCGUGCAGUUUGAGGGAUGCAAUCAAACAACUUGCAGCUCGUCUCCCAAGCUGGACAGUCCCCGUCAAAGUCUGGGAAAUCGAAGCCUCGCCCAAGGAUCACUUUCGUCUCGGGGAAUUACACGCCGGAAGAGUGCAUUCUGAUCGAGGAAGGCUUGAACCAAAUCGCGCGGCUAGACGACAUUCUGAAAAACAUGGAACAGAAGGAACAGAAGGUGAAGUCCGAAUUGGAAGCGACUAGGAAGCAGUGGUAACAAGAAGUGUUGUUCUCAAGAUUACAUAGCGCUCUCUUGCUUGCAUCAAUUGUCCAUGUAGUUGUGACCCACCUCAUGCGUUGCUUUUGAAACGCGGGAUAAUUCCAAUUUCUCCGCAAUUUUUUGUUCGAUCACACGCAUCCUCACAGGGAGGACCGUUCGGUGGAGAAGAACGCGUCGCAGGCUCGCAAGGAGCAGCUGCACGCUUUGGUUGAAAAAGGUCUUCUUGCUGCCGACCACGCGGAUCUCGGAACUGCAAACACGGCUGGACAGCAGAAGGCGUUGAAGUCCUCUACCGCAGGGUCGCAUAGUAGUACCUCCCUAGCGAAGAGAAACGACUGGAUGUCAAGCUCCUCGGCCCAAUCGGAGCAAAACAGCAACACCUCAGAGAUCGACUUCCCGCUCGAGCAAGGGACCAAUGUGAACUGGGACCGGUGGAACAGCACAUCUAGUCUGAUCCCGGCGUACAACAACAGCGGUAAUUAUAGCCAGAUGAGCGUGAGCAUAAUGUCCUCGGUCAGUUUGGAACAACAUGCGGACGGGUUCGAGACUCCGCCGGUCAUUGGAGAUCGAGGCGGGGGCGAGCAGGAGAAAAAUGCGUUGAAACAUCAAGUGCAGCUCGUCCGAUCGGGAAACUUGGUGAAGAAAAAAGAAGAAGAUCAUGCGAAUGUUGACCACGACGAGGACUACCUGAACCGGUCCAGCGCGUCUGCCUCUUCCGCUCCGUCGACCGGGUUGCCCAGCAGUAGCUCCAUCAGCACGCGGCAACCGUCCAAGGACAGCGCCUCGAGCGCAUCGGCGAGCGCCACCGCGUCGUCCAGUAACCGUUCGUCUGCACACGGCGCACAGAGACGGAAUGCGGCGGCGAGCGCGCAGUCACAGCAGAAGCAGCCGCAGGCAACCGCGUUUAGCAAAGUGGCAGCAGGUAAGCAGAUGAACAAGGAUGGAAACAAAGGUAAGGGCCAACGGGAUAGAUCUUCGAGCGGGUCAACGAAUGCGGCGCAAAAGCCGUCCAAUAAAGGCGGAAAGGGAAGUGGUCGAAGCGCAACAUCGAAUGCAGAAAGUAACCAGCUUGCACUUUACACCGCUGACCAGGAGGACUUGCUGGAAAGCGUUCUGCAAGGCAAGCCAAUGGUGACAAACGGAGAAGACGCCAGAGCAAGUGAAGCACCAGACUCGACCGCACCAGAAGAAGCAGACGGGAGCGUCUCGCCCAUCCGCCGCAAGGAGCCGGCGCAGCUUUAUGCCAAGGAGGAUCUUGCAGCGCUUGCCGACAUCGACGCGAGACUGCAACAGCUGUCAAUCGCAAGCGAGGGAAGUCACAGUGGUGCAAACGAACUCGGGGUGGUAGGAGGCGAAACUUCUGGGGCCAUGAAGGCGAUUACGGAGGGAGGGGGGAAGUCGUCGGCGUUUGCAGAUGGUAUUGAUGAUUUAUUUUCUACUUGAUGUAGUAGAAGUUGCGACACCAUGCUGUGUGGUGCUACUGUGUUUGAAACUUGGUGAUGCUCUGAUAGGACAUUUGAAAAAUUGAAUAUCACCGUCAAGCAUAUCAAUGCUGCAACCUAAAACAGACAACUUCGCCGGUCGGGCCGACGAGUUGCUGCAGCAGGUAGCGCAACUCCGAGACAUCGACAAAUUUGCAGCAAGGCUUCCACAGUUUGACGACGAUGACGGUGCCGCCGACGAGAGUUACAGCAACACAGAUGUAUUGAGCAGCAGCAGCAGCAGCACUACCAGGAUCGGUAGCAAGUCCAGACCGCGGAAGGAUUCGUUCGAAGAAGACAUCUCGUCUGUUCCGAUAUCGCAGCUCUUCGCCCGGCGGCGCUCCAGGACGGCCUCGUGGAACGAGAGCGAAGACGAGUUGUUCACCAGUAAGAGAAGUGGUUCUAUUUCUGGUGCGCCGUUACCCAGAGCGGGUCUUGGGUCUUCACUAGGUGAUCAACAACAGCACCAUCUUCUGGAAGAAGAUUCGCGCGAUGUGACGAUGCGCAUGCCGCCCGUGGAGGAAGACUUCGACGUCGACCAGGAUGUUUUUGCCACCUCUUCCGACCGCUACCCGAGCUCCCGACGGGAAGUAGAUCUGCACGGCGAUCACAUGUCCCAACACCACGGCAGCAAUUACGAGAAAGAUUCGGCGUACGGGGCUGCCCCAUCCGGCUCUUCCGCCACCGCUUCCUCGCCGAACACCAGCCCGUCGAAACCGAGGAAGCGCGCGAGCCAGAAAGUGGACCACAUCGAAGACAUUGAGGACGAGAUCGCGCGGGUGCGGGGGUUGCUGGCCCAGUCGGCGGCGCAGGAGGCGGUGCCCACCGGGAAAGUGGCGAUCUCGCAGUCCUCCAAGGAGGAAUUUUUGGAGGAAAAGCUGCGGGCCAUGGGUCUGCUCAGUGCGGACGAGGGGCUGGGGUAGGGAGUGGGUUUUUAUUGAAAUAAGGGGUACCUGUUUUCAACAUACUACGACUUGCUCUUGCUCUCAGUUUUAGCUAUGUCACUGGUCACUCGACGUUACUACAGCGCAGUAAACAACUUAAGCAGAUAACGGACAACAUCUCGCUUGCGAGACUGCGCACAGGAAUAUGGUUCUUUUGUUUAGAAGAGAGGCAACAUUUCGAAGAUUUAUCCACUUUUGGCAGGUUUUGAAGCUGGCCAUCUGUAGCGCAGCGCCCCC